ACGAGAAGAUAUUCAAGCAGAUUGGGGCUAGAUGUUGGAUGGAAUGAGGCUGAAGGGAUGGGCGCUUUCCGUGAAAGCUCUGGCGGGAGCAGACUCCUUCGGAGAAGAAGAGCGAGCGACAGAGGAUGGUGCGACAGGAGGUGGCGGAAGGAACCCUCCGCAUGAAGAGGAUGAGAGGAAAAUCGGAGGCGUUGAUGGGCGGGGAUGGAGGUGGCGACGGAGAACGUGCCUCGGGAAAGAAGCCGACAAAGGAAGAGGGUGGGACGACAAGUAAGAAAGCAAGGAGGCCCGACGGUUUGACCAUCCGCGAAGGACAAGCCGCGGGUGGAGGAGAUUCGGCUGAUCCAGGCGCUGCGGCCGCGAGAGAACCUUCGGGGAAAUCGAAACGGAAAGUGGCAGCUGAAGAAGGUGAUGGCCAGAAGAAACCUCGAAGGUGGAAGACUGCUGAGGCGGCGAGCGGUGGCGAAGGGCCUGUCGGUCAGGAGUGCGACGAAGCGGCGGCGUUCUGGCUCGAAUACGAGCGGAACGAUGUCGGUGAAAUCGUGGAGAAGGAGCUCCCAGUCCAACUGCUCAUCGACCCCAGGAAGGUCUGCGACAUCCCGCCUUGGAAAAAAUAUUACAACCACCGCAGUCUAAGUCGUGAAACUGUGGACGACAUCAAGGAUGCGAUGCUGAGUCAAUUCCGCGAGAAGAAGAUCUGGACGAAAAACCCUCUCGUUUUGGCAUCCAUCUACAAGUCGGUGCCGCGGAGGCCGGAGCAAGCUGACAGGGUUCACAAAGAUGUCUUCAAGCCAGAGGACAAGGACAACUACUACUAUUACCCUGUUAACGGACAACACACCGUGGCUGCUGUGAAGGAGUUAGAGGGUGAGCAGAUAUUCGAUUUGUGGAAGAUGCACUCGCGGCCAGCGAGAGUAGUGUGGUUCUUCGACCGAGAUUUCGCGGGGUAUAGGCAGUGGAUGCCGCUCGUGACGGCCGGUGAUGACGUUUUUCGCAAAGGCAUGGAGUUCUACGCGAAAUGGGCGGAGGGGAAGUUGUUGGGCGGCGACGGCAAGACGCCAUUGUUGAGGCCGGGCAAAUACAUGCCAGACAAAUCUCUGGGUCUGCAAGCAAUUCCGGAAAUGAGCUUGAAAGGGGCGGCUGGUGAAACGAAGAUAGGGUGGCUGGUCCAGGUCCCGCCGCCUCCGACCAAAAAGAAAACGCAAGCGGACGACAAGUUUUUCGUGGUCGUGAAGGAGCCAGACAUGUUCUGUUGGCAGUCUCUCGCCGACAUGACCGAUGUCGAGAAACUGUUGAUCCUCGACGGCAUUCUCACACUACGGGGAGUGUUCAUGCAAUCCGCGGGCGGCCAUCUGAAGCGUCAGCAUAAACCUGGAAUUAAAGACAUGGUCGCGAUAAGGAAAGUGGACCGUGUGAUGCUCCGUAUGUUCCACUACAUCUCGUUCCUUGAAACGGAGGAGGACGAACGUGUUUGGCACCACGGAAGCCGUUUUUUUCGGACCGAGGGGAAGCUUCUGGAGGAGUUCGGGCCGCAGGGCCUCACGAAACAGGUGUGGGUCGAAAUGCGAAAGUAUUUCCAGGGCGCGGUGGAGUACGUGAACACUUGCAAAUGUACUCUUCCGCACGAGAAGGAGUCCCUCGACGCCGCGAAGAAAUUGUACGAGGACGACAGGUUCCCUAAAUCUUUCGAAAAGUCUGUCUUUUCCAUCUUGCGACGGACGGAAGAAGAAGUUCGAGACACGAUCAGGGUCAGCGGGGAUGUGAGGCACAUCAAAUGGCCCGACCUCAACCGGGUGACCAGCCUUAUUCCUUUCGCUUUCCCGCCUUCCCAAGCUUACAGUCAUGUCACUGUGAUCCGUAAGGUUGUGCGACAUUACGUGUGCAACCUGUACGUCCUCGAUUUGUGUGGUCCCACACUUCUCACAGACUGGCGAGAAGACGAUUUCGGCAACUUGCAAGGCCUUCUACAAACACUUUCGCCAACGCACUGGGCACUUGUGAUCUUUUUCCCCUCUCGUUGGGAGCUCAAUUUCUUGAAAGGCAUGGCAAGGCUUAGCGUCCAUCACGUGAGGACAGGGAAGUGGGUGGUUGGACAGGUUGGUGAUGAAGAGGAAGGUGGCCCUCGGAGAUAUAGCACGUCCCCUGCCGGUUUGAAGCGUGUGUUUCGGGGCGAACCAGUCGACGACCAAUCGUCUGAUGACGGGGAGGAAGAGAGAGACUAUGAUCACGAACCUUGUGACAGGCUCCCUGUGGACCAUGACACCUGGCAGAAUGACAGACUCUACUUCUUCGGCAAGCAUCACCGGUUCACGUCGGAGGAUGUCUGGGGAUACAACGUCGUCUUGCACCCGAGGAUAUUCCAACCUGCUAUGAGGAAUGAAAUAUGGGUCAUGGCUAUAAAGGAGGCCGAUGGCAAGUGGAGUGGACUGAAGAGACUGGGAGCGGGUGCAUUUAAGAGAAAGGCAAAAACUGCUCUGGUAGAGCAUUUGAGUCUCACGAACCCCGAGAGGAAUAAUCAGGACAUCGAUGCGUAUGCAGAACAAAAGCUACAUGAGUUGUACGCCAACAACAUGUUGGAGUUUCUAGCACCUUUCUACACACUCGAAACGGCACUGUCUCGUGGCAUUGACUGGCGCAUGCCGCAACCUCCGCCGGCCGGUCAGCAUCCGGGAGGGGGUGGUGGAGGAGACGAAGGAGACGGCGGAGGUGGCGGGGGAGACGACUCACAGUUUGUCGGAAAGGGGACGGGCGAGACAUCGUCGGUUGAGAGGGCGUCCGGCAGAAAGGGGUCGGGCGGAAAGGGGUCGGGCGGGAAGCGGUCGAGCGGGAAGGGGUCGGGCGGAAAGUGUAGAACUGACCAGAUUCGCCGAUGUAAUCGGAGUCGUAGUGAGGUCUGGAUCGGGAGCAGGGUAGUAAGAGGGUCGGGGCGAAGGUCUGACUUUACGAAGACAGCCAUGCCAAGAGGAGGGAAGGGGACACGGCCGCCUCAGAGGCCGUUGGGCGCAUCAGGAGGAUACGAGCGGCAUGGGCCUCGCCAUCGAGAGAGUACUCCAGUCUAUAAUGAUGGGGACAUCGAGCUAUUCUUGGACAGUUUCUGGGAGCAUGCGAGGCGUAUGGGUUGGACUGUCGCUCAGGCGAUUGAGGGAUUAAGGGGAGCAGGUAGGUUCGAGGAGCCCAUUGCCAGGAUUCGUAGGGAGGCGACGACGAGGCAGGAGGUGGAGAUGAGGAUGGAGGAGUUGCGACCCUCGCCUGUGGGACCUGAUGGCAGGCCGAUCCGCCUGGAGAUUGGAAAUGCGUCGGACUUCAUCCCCGCGUUUGAGUGGUUCAUGCAGGGGCAGGGCACACCGAGAGAUGAUUGGAUGCAGACGCUACCACUUUGGACCAGGAAGGCGGAAAGGCCACUGGCUAUGCAGAUCAGGGACAUGGCACGAGAUUGGGAGAGCUGCAGGGCACAUCUGAGAGAGGCCUUUCGACGGCCAGAGCUCCCUCAGCCCAGAGUCGAGAGGCGGCAGAGGAGUCAAAGACCGAGGGACCCUGAGCCCAGGGAGGCGAGACCAUCACGAGGAGGACGGAAGGCCCUAGCCAGGAGAGAGGAGGAGCCGGAGCAGGAGCCAGAGGUUGAAGAGCGAGGGACAUACCCUGAGUGUGGGUUGGGACCAGUGGAGUUCCAUCCUGUAAGGAGGGAAGCUUUGACUUUGAUUGAUAGGCACCUAGCAGCUUAUGCCCUGGAGCAUCCAGGCCUGGAGGAGCCAGCACCUGCAGAGCCACGCCAGGAGUCAUGCCAGCCCGAGAAGGAGAUGGAAGCAGAGAUACCAAAGAGGGUCGACCUCCGCACGAAGGAAAGGGCGCCAGCUGGAGAGACGGCUGAAGAAAAGAGGGUGAAAAGAACUAGACGGAUAGAAGAGAUAUGGCAGGAGAGGCAGAGAUUGGAGGUAGCGGGGGAGCUCCCGGAGCAGCAACAGGAGGGGCAGCGAUCAGAGGCAGCAGGAGCACUCCCGGGUCAGCCACCCAGCGCACCAGCUAGGGCUCCGGAGAUUCCUGAGAUGUGGAGAGACUUCUGGGAGCAAAGAGGAGAGGAACUGUCAUCGCCAGUCAGAACCGGGUUUGGAAUGGCCACGAAGGCGGAAGAGAGGUUAGAUCGUAAAAUCAAGUUCCUGGCCAAGACCACUUUUGACCGGCACUUGUUAUUGGAGAGCGAUCUGGCAGGGAAGAAAAUGAAGGAAGCCAGCCAUGGAGUACGUUUGGAGGCUAUGGAAAUGGAAAUUCAGGAACUCAGGGCCUUGGUGGCCAGCCAGGCAGCUAUCAUCGAGAGCCUGAGGCAGCAAACCCAGGGAAGGGUGGACAGGCCAGAGAGCAGCAGGCAGGGAGAGCAGAGGCAGCCGGGACAAGGAUUGCCAGGACAGCCAUCUGCAGCAGGGCCUCGCCAGGAGCCACCUAUGGGGAGAGCUAUCCUGGAACCAGAGGAGGUGAGAGCCCGGAGACAGGCGGAGAGAGAGGCAUUCGAGUUUAGAGCCCCUACUGAGCUCGCGACGCUGUCAAUGGCGGCGGCAGGCCCAGUCGUACCUUUGGCAGUAGAGGAGGGGCCGCCACCAUCUAGCAGUGAGCCGGCCCAGGGCUCAGCAGAAGGAUCCAUGGGCGUGCUCCUUGAGGCGGUGCAUAAUAUGCAGGAAGAGGUGAGUUUGUUUUCGCCUGAGCAGAGGAUAGAGGAGCCUCUUGAGAGAGAGAUGGGGAUUGAGGUAGAGGGUGCUAUCGAGAGCAGGCUCCAGAAAAUGGGCACACCUGAGUAUGGACCAGAGGAGAUUGAGRAGCAGCCCAUGACAGUGCCAGGAGAGACACUCGAGAGGAGGCCUCAGAGGUUGGACAUGCCUGAGUACGUCCCAGCGACAGGGGAUUUGAGGAGUAGACUGGGAUCUUGGGCUACUGGAUCUGAAUCUGGGGGACCGGUUCCUUGGACGGAGCAGCAGGAGGUCGUUAGUACCACAGCUCCUCGACAGGAGCGGCGGGAGGUUGUUAGUACCUUGGUAGGAUCUCCUUCAUCGCCACCUCCUCAGCCCAGGAAGAAGAAGUUCAAUAGAAAAGUAGAUCAGCUAUGUUUCUACUGCAAGAGGGACGUGCAUCUGGCUUUGGACUGUCUCGAGUUUCUUGAGGAUAAGGCAGCAGGGAAGGUCUCAGAGGUAGAAGGUAAAAUGUAUGAUAGACAGGGUAGCAUAGUAGAGAAGUCCGCAGAUGGACUUAGGGCUCAGUUAUAUAGGCAAAACCAGGAGGAAUUGAGGAGGUAGGGUCGGUUUUGUCUAUAUAAGUGAGCGAGCAUUUUGUGAGGUAUCAACUUAGGUUCUGUGUAAUACCCUCUUAGACU